AGGAUUUGUUGAUCGGGGGGUAUAUAGACUGAAGCGGCUUCCUAUCGGGUUUUUUUUCUUCCUUUGAGCGUGGGAAAAUAAAUCGCGCUGUAUAUAUCAAGUGGCGUUACUUUCCCUUAUUCCCUUUUACGCACCGAUCGCCAUACAUACAUGCAUCUCGCCACGCCGUGGGCUUCUAUAGGAAAACCCAGUAGUGCUGGGUCUGCUGCUGAUCUCCGAAGGGGGGUUUAAGUUUAUAUAUUUGUAUGCAGCUUGUCACACAAUGCAGACGUCAUCUCUACAGGAUUUAGAUCAGCUUUGGUGAUGUUUUUUUUUUUUCCCUUCUCCCUGGCUCCUGUUGUGUUGAGUAUGGAAUACAGUGAAGAAAAUAUGUUUUGGCAGAUCGGCAGGUAUAGUUGGAAUACAAGUUUGCAUUCAUUUUUUUAGCAGCCUGCAGCAUCAGUGUAUAUAACACUACUUGCGUAUUUCGUUCCAUCUCCAAAACGACGUCGCGGAUCGCUCCUCGCAAAAAAAAAAAAAAACUUGGAGUUCGUUUCGCCCGGUGCUGCUGCAGACUUCACUCGAGUGGUGGUCUUCUCUUCGUUGGAGGCGAGCCUGCAUUCGCUCCAUUUGCUGGAUCGCACAUGCAUAUACCCCAAAACAGCGACUUGUGAUAGAGCAACUUCGUCUGGAAGAAGGAGGAGAAAAAAACGGAAGGCGAACGGAGGAAAAUAGUGGGUGAAUGUGCUGCUGCUGCUGCAAGGACGCUGCAUGCAGCCGGUAUUUGGACAUUAAAAGGAGGCGAUGCUAUACUGAACAUGUCACAGACUAUAUGAACAAAACCACCCUGCAGGUAUGAAUGAUCCUGUGAAAUCUCCGUGAGUUUUUGCAUAGCUCUCCAUCAAGACUAUUGAUGCAUGUAUGGAAAUUACGCAUGAACUGAUCUCAUUUUUUUCCCCCAUCAUCAUGUCCAAGAUUUUUUUGAUGAUGACAGCUUUUUAUUAAAUAUUACCAUGUAGUAUUUGGACAAAAAAAAAAAGAGAUCUGCUAACAAAAAAAAUAUAUAUUUCACAUUUCACAUCGGACGGAGCACUCAGCCGCCACCAUGGGACUGUGACCCGGGUCUGCGAGCUCUUGAGAGGCGGCUGUUUGUGUAUAGUCUGUGCCUCCGUGUGUGCAGACUUGUGACAUUUUGAGCCAUGGCUGCUGCUAUCGCAAGUGGGCUGAUCAGGCAGAAGAGGCAGGCACGGGAGCAGCAUUUGGACCGGCCGGCACCAAACCGACGGAGGAAGAGCCCCAAUAAGAACAAGGGGCUCUGCAAUGGGAACCUGGUCGACAUCUUCUCCAAAGUGCGCAUCUUCGGCCUCAGGAAGCGGAGACUACGGAGACAAGAUCCCCAGCUCAAGGGUAUAGUGACCAGGUUAUAUUGCAGGCAGGGAUACUACUUGCAAAUGAACCCCGAUGGCUCUCUUGAUGGGACCAAGGAUGACAGCAGUAAUUCCUCUUUGUUCAACCUUAUUCCUGUGGGCCUCCGAGUUGUCGCCAUUCAGUCCGUGAAGACAGGGUUAUACAUCGCCAUGAACGGGGAGGGCCAUGUGUACACAUCAGAACUCUUUACAGCGGAGUGCAAGUUCAAAGAGUCGGUGUUUGAGAACUACUAUGUGAUCUACUCGUCCAUGUUGUACAGACAACAGGAGUCGGGGAGAGCUUGGUUCCUAGGGCUCAAUAAAGACGGCCAAGCCAUGAAGGGGAACCGAGUGAAAAAAACCAAACCAGCUGCUCACUUCCUGCCCAAGCCAUUAGAAGUCGCCAUGUACAGAGAGCCAUCGUUGCAUGAUGUUGGUGAGACGGUGCCCAAGGCGGCAGUACCUCCCAGUAAAAGCACAACUGAGCCGGCAGUGAUGAACGGAGGUAAACCUGUAAGCAAGCCCGACAAGCCCGCCACAUAGCCACACCUGACCAGUGCUCAGCGUGUGUGUGUGUGUGUGUUUGUGUGUGGACAGGGUGUAGGGGUUGAGGGGGGAUACGUGACGGAGGCAGGGCUUUUCCCCGACUAGACUCUAGACCCUCUUCCUUCUGUGGACCACAUCCAGGCGAACCACCCUUCCUCUCUUCUCUCGCUCCUCCUUCCCACUUUCUCCGCCUCGGACCCUCCCCUUUUCUCCAGCUGUCUCACAACAUGGACGCACGGAUUGCGAGGCGGCCGAGUUUCUCCAGCACGGGGGAGGAAGAGGACCUCUGAUCAUGGAAUGCCUUUUAGGUUCCUCUGAAAACUGUGAGAGUUCAUGUGACUAAUGUUUCACAACCACGCUCGUGGUACUUUGCUUGCUGACGGUUCAUUCAAGAAACCUUUCCCCCCCAACCCUCCUCUCUAUAACGCCCUGUUGCAGCAGAGCCCGUGUACCUUCAGAUCUAUUUUCUAUACCACAGUUCACCAGCUAUGUUCUGGGAUAGAGACUGUAUAGAUAGAGUAAAUAUUUGGACUGUCGUCCUCUAUUUUUUACGAGUAUGUUCCCUUCUCCCCUCUCUUUCUAUCUCUAGUCAACACACUUUUCUCUUUGUCAAGUAACCUAGAAAAGAUAAAAACAUUUUGCAAGGGGGUUGUGUGAUUUUCUAAGAAACGCAUUCACACAGAUGUGGCAUAAAAACAAACAUAUAUAUACAUAAAAAAAAAAAAAAAGUCUGUCUUGCCCACGACAUGCACACACACUUACAGACACACAAAGUUUGUGGGGGGUUUUGCUUUUUACAGCUGAUAAAAACACACUGGAGGCUGGCAGAUAGCGCCUGCAAUCAUAGUUGAUGAAGUGCUAAUUACCGCCACUGCAAUCAAUGCGAGGAGCUCCCUACACACAUACAAACACACGCCGCACACACGCGUUUAUAAACAGAUGUGUGUGUGGGUGGGAGAGCGCUGUAAGGAAUGGUGUAUACAUAUCACUAUCUUAAGUCCCACCAGCGGUUCAGUCCGCCUUCUCUGGUAAAUAGAAAAACCUGAAGUCUAUUUUUCUUUAAUCUUAUUUCCGAGCGUGGGCUCUAGGAAUAUCUCUAGGCCUUGUAGGCCUCCGUCCCUCACUCACUGACUUCGUUGGACUCCGAGGCAAGGCUUGUGGCUUUGACCCAGAUGGUCUACAACUGCAGCACUGGCAGCCAUCUUACGGCAGCGUCUACCUAAAAAGCCAGAAAACAACAUGGCUGAGAAACCAGUAGGCGACAUUUACACUGGCUGCAUCCCUAUUUGGUUCAGCAAAACUAAAGCAUGGGCAAGGUUUAAUGUUGUGUUCUCUCUUCUUGCAGCAGUUAUACAAGAGAUGGCUUAUAUUGUAACAUUUUCACUGUAUAAAACUUAGGGAAAAUGACUAUUAUGAAUCAUAACUUUUUAAAUGACUAGAUAUUGUUCUUAUUAUUGAGAGGAUUUGUCUCCUAGCUCAGCAUGCAGAGUCCAGUUCUGAUCAUCUUGGCCUAUCCACGUGCCUGUUUGGACCCUUGAUUCCCGGCAUGCAAAAACAGGUUUCCCAGUCCCCACUGGGCUAAAGGUGCCUCACCCACCCGACACAUCCAUGUAGAGGACACGUAGCAUUAUCCAUUGAGAAGCCACACUCAGAUGUAUUCAUUCUGAAAUGACCAAAGUCUUUUUUUCAUCCUGGGACGAACUGAUUCUUUACGAGAAAAAGAAAAAACAAAAUCUGAUUCAACUCAUCGAAGCUUUCACUGUGAUAGCAUUUUGUUCUGUCCGAAAGAGCUCCGCUCGCUCAGACCCCCCCAAAGGUCUUUGACUGAUGUCAUUUUAGAGAAGUACGUAUACCUUGAAUUAAUCACGUGCAUGCAUUUUCUAUAAGGAAACAAGGUAUGGGUAUCACUCUGUUGUAAGCUGAAGAGCACUGAAGUCCGGCGCGGGAGUUGGAACGGGCAUGUCGUAGGUUACAGCACACUCACAGCUAAUCCGAAAGGUAACCCCGCUGCACUUUCUGUUUUUUGCAUUUCUCAUCAUGACUGUUAGCAGUUUAUCAAUCUGAUCAAUCCAUUUCUAACGUUUUGUCUUGCUUUUUAAUGAUUUUUAUCCUAAUAGUUUAAGAUUUAUAAUAUUAAGUAGAUUGUUGCUGCUGCUGUGUGCUGCAAUUAUAUUAACAAGUUGAUUUGGUAAAUAUGAUUUUUAUUGGGAUUACACAUGAUCAUUUCUUAUUACAGCACAUUAGUUUGAAUUCAAUAUUUGUCUGUACAAAGCUGUUAAUAAAAAAUGGCGUACCACACACACACACACACACACACACACACACACACACGCACACACACGCACACACACAGAGGAGCUGGAAACUACUGUAGUUGUAUUUGGGGCCGACGUUCUGUCCUCAUUACAGCCAAUCAUCCUCCACUCUUACAAACUCUACAUGCUGGGCUGGCUGCUGCUCCGGCCCUGCAGUCCAGAUUAACUGGCUCCUCCGGGGCUGACUUUAUUUUUGUAAAUGACCGGUGUGUAAAUGUACAUCUCUGUUUGGAUCUCUGUAGCCAACCAUUUUAUUUUUAUUUAUUUGUUUUUUUGAUUCGUCCUUACUUUUCUCUCGUAUAUACGGGUCGUGCGUGAUGUCGUCUCCUGAUACCUAUCACAUUUUGCUUUCUCUUCAAAUGUGUUACAAGAAUAUUCUAGUUUUCUUCGUCGCUUCUGUUUUUUUCCGACCUCUUAUUUCGUACAUUGUCCUCCAUCUGUUGCAUGGGGAGAGGAUGGCAUUGAUGAACUGCAUGUAGUAGGCUAUGUCUAUCAAGAACUGUUGGUAUGUACCGCUAAUUUUACAUACAUAUAUGCAACGAGUUUGUCUACACUAUACAGUUUGUGUUUGUUGUAUACACACAUACAACAUAUUGAAUAAAAAUAUUUAUAUAAAGGUGUACUGUAAUGUCAGUAACAUACUCAAUGCAAUAUAGUGUGCAGUAUAUUAUUGCACCUGUCAUUCUUUUGAUGGGACAAAGAAAAACGGAUGAGAGGGUUGGCUAGUUUAAAAGCAUGAAAAAAGGCCAAAGUAGAAUUUACAUUAAAUUUUCUUUGUGACUUCUUAUCGGUCCUCUUUUCAAGUGGUGACUGAGCUCUUGUGUCAAUGCAGCUCUCAUCCCCUGAUGCCACCCUUUUGGAAGUGACAUGGACAUUCAGCAUGCCACAACUGAACUAUGUAUGCCCUCUCUUUGUUUCCUCCACUUUAGGAUUUAACCUCGUCACUAGUUAUGUGUUUGAGUGAGAAAACGUCCACGGCGGUACCUUCGGGUACAGCGUGGCUUUUGACGGCUUGGUUUGAUUUCCCGCUGGAGAAGAAUAGGCACUAUUAAAAAUGAUUUAUUUUCAACAAAAAAAAAAUAUAUAUACCAUUGCAAGUAUGCCCAUUGGAGUUAUGUCAUGUUAUAACAAAUUUGUAACCAUGUAUGAUUAAGGUCUUCGCAUUGUUUUCCAUGCAAAAUGUUGUGUCAUGCGGCACAUUUAAUGUUUUAUUAUUAAAAACAAAUAAAAACCUCAAACAGUAA